GAAACAGGGAUACAAAUUGAACAAAGUGGAUAUAUCAAAACCAUGAUUAUAUUUAUAUGGCAGUUGUCUCUAAUUAAUAAUUAAUUAGCGCAAUUUUAAAUAAAAAAUUUUAAAGGUGUCAUUAGUUCUCAGUUUACUUAUGAAAAACUAUAAAAAAAGGACUACACUAGCGAUUGCCAAAGUAUCGAAAUUAAAACAACGUAGCAUAUGUAUAAGAAUCGAGUUUACUCUUCUACUUACGUACAUUAUUUUGUUCUAAUUUUAUAUGAUAUUACUCGCAAGUAUUAGAAAGGAGAUAAAAUACAAACAUGUUGAGCAUGGCAAAAAUUAAAAGUCACUUAUACGUUAUUAUGAAAUAUUAUCAAGAGCUCAAGGCUGCAGAUAUAUCAUUGGAGAAUUUUACAGAGAAUUACUCUCUUCUAUUUUAAUUCUGUUUUUACUUUUAAAAAUUACUUUGAAGUGGAUAUUGAAGAUCUGAUACUUAUUUAUCUGAUAUUUAUCGCUUUCUCAUUUCCUCUUUUUUUAUCCGCGGUGUUUAAUCAUAUAUUUAUCUCGAUUAAAAGAUAUAGGAAAUUCAAUACACGCAACGAGAAACUUAAAACUUCAAGGUAAGGUACGAGAUAAAAAAUUGUUAACGCUUGACGAUUGCGACGUGAGAAAUUGUAAAAGAGAAGACUACUUUCGCAUUUUGUAACAUAAAAUUUCAAUUUUUUUAGUCCCUCAUUUCUGUCGCAUGUUCAUUAGUGCGCUUUCCUUAAAUUUUGGUAUCAUGUGAUCCGACGUUGAUUCGGAAUCGAGAGGACUGGUGUGCCGCGGGCAGACGGAACCAGAUACAGUCGCGCGGGAGCGAGAAAGAGGAAGACCGUAUCCGUCGCGACGCCGCGCGUCGGUGUCCGGUCUCGUACGCGCUCGAAAAUAGCACACCGAGCCAUCCCGUCGCCCCCGCCCGCUUCCCGUGGACCGUGGCGAACUAUUAUGACGCGUUUUCCAUUCAUAAAUAGGGUGGCACUUGUCAGCGCGGCGGCCAUCUUGACUACGCGAUCGCGCGAGCUCCCGUCGACACGUAACUCGCGGUCGCUCGCGCUCGUCGCGAGAGAUCGACGGGACAUUAAUCGCGCGUGCGCGGGAUUAUCGUUGAUCGCACCGUGUUUCACGGAUCGACGCGGCGCGACGCGACGCGUCGAACGGAAGUUGCAGCGAGCAGCGCGGUGGUCGGUACGCAGCGCACAGCUGAUCAGUAGCCUCGACGGACGGUAGUGGCACGGCUCGUCGUCGCCUCUCGAGUACCUGCGCGAGAAAGAACGCGAACGCGGUGCGGCAUAACGCGAGAGCGCGGAACAACGAGAAACGGUGUAAGAAAGGCAAGAGAGAGUUUCAAGCAGCGCAAGACCGGUGCGGACGGACGCGCGUGCCGCGAUCGUGUACGGUGACAGGUGAGAGAGCCGAAGAGCGCGACGGGGAGGGCAACGCGGAGCGCGUGGACACGGGAUCCCCUCGGCGAGCGACCGCAGCACCGUUGGUCCCUUCCUUCUGCCACGGACGGAGUGGAGGUGUUUGUCGCGACGGGCGGAGAAGGAGGAGGAGGAGGAAGUGGAGGAGAAGAAGGAGGAGGAAGAGGUGUACACCAGCAUCGGAGCCUGCUCGUCGGACGUCCCCGAUGGUUGCCGUCCGGUAGGCCCUGCCAGGAGGAUGGGGGCCCACGAUGGGGGAGUGCCACUGCUCUAACAUCACUAUCAUGCAGCUGUUCCACGAGCUGAAGCAGCAGUUCCCCGCGCUCCCUGAUCACGUCGUCUCCCAGUGCAUCGCCCAGAACAGUCACGACCGGGAGACAUGCGCGAGAAGCCUGCGGGCCACCCAGGAGUCCCGUCCGUCGCCGGGCGCGUUUCCACCGCCGGGCCCUUGCAACGUCGGACUGCAACAUCCGGCGCAGCAGCAACAACAAGGAGACCAGAUACGUGCGUCGCUGCAGCGUUGCUGCGCGAUGAGCCAGGUGCAACUGCAGCACCAGCAACACGGCGGUGGGCGUCCUCAUCGGCCGGCAUCGCUGGAUAUCGGUAUGACUCGCCGCUGCCCCCCCGCGGGUUGCACCCACGUCGUUGCUGCCACCACCGUCGCCGCGACGCCGGCGUCGAGCGGCGUCGUUACCCCCUCGUCUGCACCGGCUGUCUGCACGUCACGUGGCUUCUUCGAUGAAAGCUGCGUCGUUAAUAGCAACGGCAACAGCAGCAACACGCCGCCCGGCUUCGAGCUCAACGUCAACGUUGCUUGCAGUCCCGCAAGCAAUCGCGAUUUUCGAACGGUACCUACGAUCGGUGCCUGUAAACGAAGCGACCUUAUCGUCGUGCCACGACCGCAUUACGCCGAACCCCUGUUAGCCACCGGGAAGUCCGGGGCGCAGAUCGAUCACACGCGAAGUUACACCUCGGUCAGUCUGACCCUCAGGCCUCCCUCUUCCGAGCCGCAACCUCCGAUCGACAUCAGAUCGGAGGGAUCGAGUUUGACUUACUCGACAUCGUCGUUAGAUCCACGCGGUUUUCAAAGCCGCUUGCAGAUCAGUAUUGGUCCCGGGAACGUCGGUAGCGUGGCGGCGGCUAGGAUCAGGCCACCUAUGGUUCCUAACAGGCCCAACAGUCUGUUACCACCGACUCAAACUAGUCCGCAGCGGCCUCCUGGACUUCCGCCAGGACCACCAAGUCAACUUCCGAGACCUACGACGACGAUGAGCGCGCCGAACACGCCGUCCGUACCGUCGACAACGAACAUUGUCCCGACUUGCAGCCUGCCGACGACGCCUUCCGGACCCGCGACAAGCAGCAGCGGUGUCGCACCUCCUUCUGGCUCAGUUGGGGAAUACACGCAGACCGCUUCCGAUCAGAACCGAUCGCCGUCGAGUCAAGUGGCGGAGCACCAAAGAAAGUUGGUCGCGGAGCAACUGGCCAGGAAGGAGAGGCUUGCCAAGGAAUUAAGGGCGGAGAAGGGACGACUCGAAGCGAUGAAGAAGGAAAUACAGGCACUCGCCCGACCGAUCGACCCUUCGGUCUCUCCUCAAGAGCUGAAAGUGAAACUGAGGAGCGAAAUCUAUCAACUGCAGGUCGAGUGCGACAGACUGGCCGACGAGGUGGAUCAAUGGUCAGACAGACGAGUACCACUGGGUGAGACCAACGAGGAGUUUUACCAGGGCAUUUAUACUGGCCAACCGUUGCCGAUGAGACCACUGAACCCACCACCGUUGCCGAGCCAGCCACCAGCGUGGCGACCACAGCAAAUGACGACGGCGGCCGACAAUGAUCGGGAGGAGCGAGGCGAGCCGUCGUGGGUCUGCACCAUGUGCACCUUCGAUAACCACCCACUGAUGAGCAAAUGCGAGGAGUGCGACAUGCCGAGACUAUUGAACCCAGGUGGCGGCAGUGCAGGUACGGCAGUGCACCAGCAACGCAGUAACUCGUCAGGAGAAACACAAGAUAUUCAUAUACGAGUUACACAUCAUCACAAUUUUUCGCCAAGACAUACAGUGCACAGCUGGGUGGUAUGAUGUGAAUUGAAUUAGAGACCUUUAAAACCUGUACAUAUACGCAAUUAUUAUUAUUAUUUAAAUUAAAUAUACAAAUUGUAGGGGCUAAGCUAAAGAUUAUAAUAGAACAUAUGACUAAUGUAAUAAUUUAAAUUUUUUAUUUGUAAUUAGCAUACACAUCACGCGUAGUUAGAGUCGUUAAAUAGAUCGCUGUCUCUGUUUUCGAGAGUUAACGUUAAAUGAUUAAUUGGAUUUCUUUGCGAUGAUUAUAUUUAUUUUUUUCUUUUUUCAAAAUGAUUUAUAUACAUUUGAGUCUUCACGCAGAACAAUGAGAAAUAGCAAUGGGAAAAAAGGUAUAUACUUGACUAAACGCUACAAAAUUGUAUCUUUUCCAGUAUCUUCUUUGUACAAAAGUUAUAAUAUAUAAAAUAUAAAGUAUUUCU